UUACUCGAUACUAAAACACUUUCCUUUUCACACACUUCCUUGAAUUCUAUCUCUCUAUAAUUCGAUUCCAAUGGUAUAGGAUAAGCUUUUGAUUUUGGGCUAAUAUGGUGAUGUGAAACCCUAGCUAACCGGAGCUAGGGUUAGGGCUCUUCGUGUUUUGAACUCCGAGCUCGAUUUGAGUUUUGGAAUCUCUGGAUUAGAUGGGGAACUGUUGCAGAUCUCCGGCGGCGGUCGCCAGGGAGGAUGUCAAGUCAUCGAACUACUCUGGUCAUGAUCAUAACAACCGGAAGGAGAAGGCUAACGCGGGGAAUGGGAAAAAGGGACCGGUUACUGUUUUAGCUGAUAAAUCGAAGGAAAAUAUUGAAGACAAGUACGCGUUAGAUAGGGAGCUUGGCCGUGGGGAAUUCGGAGUGACCUACUUGUGUAUAGAUCGGAGCUCGAGGGAGUUGUUGGCUUGUAAGUCGAUCUCUAAGCGGAAGCUACGGACAGCGGUGGAUGUUGAUGACGUGAGGAGAGAAGUGGAGAUCAUGAAGCACUUGCCGGAAAACUCGAGUAUUGUGACGUUGAGGGAGGCCUGCGAGGAUGAGAAUGCGGUGCAUUUGGUGAUGGAGUUGUGCGAGGGCGGAGAACUGUUCGAUCGGAUUGUUGCGCGCGGCCAUUAUACGGAGCGUGCAGCUGCGGCAGUCACUAGGACAAUUGUAGAGGUUGUGCAGUUGUGUCAUAAGCAUGGAGUGAUCCAUAGAGACUUGAAACCAGAAAAUUUCUUGUUUGCUAACAAGAAGGAGAAUUCGCCUCUCAAAGCUAUUGAUUUUGGCCUGUCUAUCUUCUUCAAGCCAGGUGAGAAGUUCUCUGAAAUAGUUGGAAGCCCAUAUUACAUGGCUCCAGAGGUCCUCAAGCGUAAUUAUGGACCAGAGAUUGAUAUCUGGAGUGCAGGAGUAAUUCUUUACAUUCUAUUAUGUGGUGUCCCUCCAUUUUGGGCAGAGUCAGAGCAAGGUGUUGCACAAGCCAUUCUUCGUGGGCUAAUUGAUUUCAAACGUGAACCAUGGCCAAGUGUUUCUGAAGGUGCCAAGAGUCUUGUAAAGCAAAUGUUAGAGCCUGAUUCAAAGCUUCGCCUAACAGCUAAACAAGUACUUGAACAUACUUGGCUCCAAAACGCUAAAAAGGCUCCAAAUGUUCCCCUUGGUGAUGUUGUCAAGUCAAGACUAAAACAGUUCUCAAUGAUGAAUCGAUUCAAGAGAAAAGCUUUAAGGGUGAUUGCUGAUUUCUUGUCAAAUGAAGAAGUUGAAGACAUCAAAGAAACAUUCAAAAAAAUCGACACUGAUGACGAUGGAAUUGUUACAAUUGAAGAAUUAAAAACCGGAUUACAAAACUUAAACUCACAGCUUGCAGACUCUGAAAUACAAUUGCUUAUUGAAGCUGUGGAUUCAAAUGGAAAAGGAACCUUAGAUUAUGGUGAAUUUGUUGCCAUUUCAUUACACAUAAGAAAAAUGGCAAAUGAUGAACACAUACACAAAGCUUUCUCAUACUUUGACAAAAAUGGAAAUGGCUUCAUAGAGCCAGAAGAGCUUCGGGACUCUUUGAAAGAAGAUGGAGAUGAUAAUUCAGCAGAUAUUGCAAAUGACAUCUUCCAAGAAGUUGACACAGAUAAGGAUGGGAAAAUCAGCUAUGAGGAGUUUGUUGCAAUGAUGAAAACAGGAACGGAUUGGAGAAAAGCUUCUAGGCAUUAUUCAAGAGGGAGAUUUAACAGCUUAAGUGUUAAGCUUAUGAAAGAUGGCUCCAUAAACCUUGGAAAUACCGAGUAAGGUUUAUAUUAUAAUUUCUUUGUAAAAUUUCAUUUGUAAUUAUGUUUUAUUAGAUUUCGUUACUAUAUUCAAUUUGUGAAAUGUUGUAUAUUUGACUUUAGACCA